CCUUAAACACCCAUCCCUUUUUCUUUCCUUUUGUUGCGAAGAAGCUCAAACCUUUUUACUGCUAAGUGGAUCGCCCAAUUAGCUCAUAUUCCAUCAUCACCAACAGAGAGAUGAGUCAACUAUUGAUUGUUUGGUGGAUUUUCAACCCAACAUGUGGAAAAUUAAAUGCCGAAGAAAAGGUUCAUGUAUCGCCAUUCCAAUGGUUGGCUGGAGUUCAGAGAGAAUGAAGAGUUUCGUAAAUCUCCUUCGGAGUGUAAUAAGAGUCAGCGCAGAGAUAUAGGACUUGAAGAUUGGAAAAUUCAAGCUUGAAGGAAGACUAUAAUAUUAAUAACCCACUUGUCUUCUUGUUUCCCCAUGCUGAGAAUCUUGAUUAGAAAAAAGCAGAAGGGCUGUCUCCGAGUCAAAAUUUUGAAUUUUCCAUCCUGAAAGAAUAAGAAGUCUGAAACUACGAUAACUGAAUCUGAUUGAACUGAAGAACUUGGUACUCCCAAUGGGGAACGCGAACAGGGAAGAACUGCAAGAGAUUGAGACUCCUGACAGCGUAGACGAAGAGAAGACCCGAGAUGAGCCAGAGGUUGUUAAAAGAAUUGCACCUUGGACUAGACAGAUAACAGUCCGGGGUGUUAUUGCAAGCGUAGCAAUAGGAGUCAUGUACAGUGUGAUUGUGAUGAAGCUCAAUCUGACAACAGGUUUGGUCCCAAAUUUGAAUGUCUCGGCUGCACUUAUUGCCUUUGUCUUUAUUAAGACAUGGACUACGCUGCUUCAGAAAGCUGGAUUUGUAUCCACUCCAUUUACACGACAGGAAAAUACUGUAAUUCAGACAUGUGCUGUCGCUUGUUACAGCAUUGCUGUUGGAGGCGGCUUUGGAUCAUAUUUGUUUGGUCUGAGCAGGAAGAUAUACGUGCAGGCUGGCAUAGACACAGAUGGAAAUGCUCCUGGAAGCACCAAAGAACCUGGAAUUGGUUGGAUUACUGGCUUCCUCUUUGUCAGUAGUUUUGUUGGACUUCUUGCCUUGGUUCCUCUCAGAAAGAUUAUGAUAAUAGACUAUAAAUUGACUUAUCCAAGUGGUACUGCAACUGCUGUUCUCAUUAAUGGUUUCCACACACCAAAAGGAGACAAGAUGGCCAAGAAGCAGGUUCGUGGAUUCAUGAAAUACUUUUCAUUCAGUUUUCUCUGGGGUUUAUUCCAGUGGUUUUAUUCUGGUGGAGAUAACUGUGGAUUCUUGCAGUUUCCUACGUUUGGAUUGAAAGCUUGGAAAAAUUCGUUUUACUUCGAUUUCAGCAUGACUUAUAUUGGAGCAGGGAUGAUUUGCUCCCAUAUCGUGAACUUGUCAUUGCUUCUUGGUGCAAUUCUUUCUUGGGGCAUAAUGUGGCCCUUAAUGAAGGGACUUAAAGGGGAGUGGUAUCCUGAAUCCCUCUCAGACAGCAGUAUGAAAAGCCUUAAUGGUUACAAGGUAUUUGUAUCAAUUGCUCUGAUACUUGGAGAUGGGCUUUAUCAUUUUCUUAAGAUCCUGUACUUCACUGCCUCGAGCAUGUAUGCGAAAGCAACCAACAAGGAGCUUAAAACAUUUCCAGAUGAUACGAACCAAACUUUUGACGAUCAUCGACGAAAUGAAGUAUUUUUAAGAGAUGGUAUCCCAAUAUGGGUGGCGAUCACAGGAUACAUCUUCUUCUCCGUUGUCUCUAUCAUCGUAAUCCCGAUCAUGUUCCCGGAGGUCAAGUGGUAUUACGUAGUCAUUGCCUACACUUUGGCACCGUCUCUUAGCUUUUGCAACGCAUAUGGUGCAGGUCUCACUGACAUGAAUAUGGCCUAUAACUAUGGGAAAGUGGCCCUGUUUGUGCUUGCCGCCUUGGCCGGCAAAAAUGAUGGUGUGGUUGCAGGACUCGUGGGAUGCGGUUUGAUCAAAUCUAUUGUUUCUAUCUCCUCUGAUUUGAUGCACGACUUCAAGACUGGCCAUCUCACCCUUACAUCUCCAAGAUCCAUGCUUAUAAGCCAAGCUAUUGGGACAGCCAUAGGCUGCAUUGUUGCUCCCCUCACAUUCUUUAUGUUCUACAAGGCUUUUGAUCUGGCCAACCCAGAUGGUGAAUACAAGGUCCCAUAUGCCAUAAUUUACCGAAACAUGGCUAUCCUUGGAGUUGAAGGCUUCUCAGCUCUGCCCCAGCAUUGCUUGCAGCUGUGUUAUGGCUUUUUUGGCUUUGCCAUAGUAGCCAACUUGAUGAGAGAUCUUACCCCUGAAAAAAUUGGGAAAUGGAUCCCGAUUCCAAUGGCCAUGGCUGUGCCUUUUCUCGUUGGUGCUUAUUUUGCAAUCGACAUGUGUGUAGGGAGCUUGAUCGUGUUUGUGUGGCACUAUCUAAAUAGUCAAAAGGCGGGAUUGAUGGUUCCAGCUGUUGCCUCUGGUUUGAUAUGUGGAGAAGGUUUAUGGAUUCUCCCUUCAUCAAUUCUUGCCUUGGCUAAGAGCAUGAAGGCCACUGUUCAUUUCAGAAACGGUAAGAAGGCAACACAUUGUGGAAACUGCAUGUUACUAAUGACGAGAGUUUGCAAGUUACCAACACAAACGAAAACGAACUUUUCAAUGACAUCUGAACAGAUGGAAAGCAGCCAAAAGAUACGUAACCAGUCCAAUGAGUAUUUAGACGCUUGUGAGCAGUGGAGAAUUUCGGAAAAUUAUGCUGCAUUUCCACGGGUAAUAGUUGGCUCAUCUCUUCUAAGCGAAGCAAAUCUUGUUCAGGUUGACAAUUUGAUGCUGCAGAAUUUGAUUGAUCACCAACUCCAAUGAACAUUUAGAAUCGUGGAAAACUAUUGGUCCAAAUGGCCUCACUGAUUUGACCAAAAAUCUCUAGGAAUGCGUUUGGAUCCAGGUGAACUUGUUACCCAAAAAAAGAAGACUACGACGACUUGAGAUCACGAGAAAGGAGUUUGAUAAAAAAGAGUUUGGGAAUGUUAACUGAUAUUUGGUUCCAGUAAUUAAGAUGGUUGAUGUUGUUGUGUCAGUUAUAAUGAUAGAAGUAGAUGCUUAAGUUUCAAAUUGCAGAAAUAGAAACCGAAAGAAAUGUUGUCAAACAGAGUUUGAAUUUGGUGAUUAAGGAUCCUUGACUGUGUGUGUACAGCCAAAUAUCUUUCAUAGAUAUGUCAGACGACAUAAGAUGCUGUAGACAGUAGCUGACAAUGGUUUGUCUUGUUUUCUCUCGAAAGAUGGUUUCACUUUAAUGGCUUUAAAUCCAAAGGAUCACACAUUUCAAGAAGCGGCAAACUGCAACGAGACACCAGAUAAUGUUGAUGGUUGGCCUGACCUGCUAUUUAUUAUUACCCUUUUUUUCUCCUCUUGUGACAGGAAGGGUUUGGCAGCAACCAAACAAAGACACAAGUAAGGCCUUACAAAACAAUGAACUUUGUUGCAAAAUGGAUGAGUCCUAUUAUGGAUAGAAGUAGAACAAAGGAGGAGUCCCAGUCCUCUACUACUCAUGAAUAAUGACGUAAAUUCUAGUGGAUUUGAAGUUUUUGUAAAUUCAUUUUCCUUCUCAAUGUAACAUGUUUGCUUAGAGAUC